AGGACGUUACACAUAUUCAUUUUAUUGACAUGUAAUCGAAAGGAAAAAGUGGCUAAAAUAUUUAGAAAAUCCACAAUGUCUCCAAAAUUAGGUCCAAACAUUGGGAUUAGCUUUGGUUUGCUGGCUCUGAGUUUACAAUGUAUAAUCAUAGUAUUAUUCAUAUUAUUUUUGGAUUACUCUGAAUAUACCCCAAAGAAAUACAUUGCGACAUAUGCAGUAUUUCAAGAUGUCAAUACAAUGGUCUUUCUUGGCUUUGGCUUCAUGACUACAUUCCUGAAGAGAUACGCACGGAGUGGCAUUGCCUUUACCAUGCUUCUUGCAGCCUUUGCACUUCAGUGGGCCACAAUCCUUGAAGGUUUGUUCUUUGACUUUAAGAACCGGAAGAUACAAAUAAACAUGACCAGCAUACUCCAUGCAGACCUGAGUGCAGUGUCUGCAUUGGUCUCAAUGGGUGCUAUACUCGGAAACACCAGUCCGAUACAGUUACUCGUGAUGGGCAUCCUGGAAGUGACAUGUUUUACUACUAAUAAGUGGCUUCUGAUGUAUUUGUUUCAGAUUGACCGCAAAACUAGUGCCAUGCAUCUGCAUCUUUUUGGAGCUAUGUUUGGAUUGAUGGCAUCACGAAUUCUCUAUCGCCCGGGGCUACGAAAAGGCCAUGAAAAAGAAGGAUCUUUGCCAAUAUCUAACCUCUUUUCCAUGAUUGGUACAUGCUUCCUGUGGAUGUUCUGGCCCAGUUUUAAUGCAGCACUUCUCGAUGUGAAUAGGGAAAAAGCUGUUUUCAACACCUAUUACGCUUUGGCUGCUUGCACUGUUGCAACGUUUGCAAUUUCCAGUCAUAUCCAUAAUGAAGGGAAAAUAGACAUGUCACAUAUCCGCAACGCUACGCUGGCAGGAGGAGUUGCUGUUGGGCUUUCUGCUCCUUUGAUACCAUCUGCUUACAUUGCAAUGAUAAUCGGCCUCAUUGCUGGUGUUAUCUCUACCCUGGGGAUGAAAUACUUGAAGGGCAGAUUGGAAUUAUAUUUGAAACUCCAUGAUACUUCUGGCAUUUUAUAUACCCAUGGCUUACCUGGAAUUAUAGGAUGCAUAGUGUAUGUUGUCCUACUUUCAGUGCCCUCUGUGAGUGAGGAUUUGCAAAGAGUUAAGGUGUCGCAUACAGACUACUGGCAAACAGCUCUGUUUGUUACCAUGACAAUGGGCAGUUUAACAGGAUUGGUCACAGGUUUUAUCCUGAAGUUAAAUAUUUGGAAGCAGCCCUCUGAUAUGAAAUGCUAUGAUGACCAAAUUUAUUGGAAGUUUCCACACUUAGCAAGAAUAAUUUGAAAACAUUCACCAGCACUGUUGCUAUUUGGGCACAACAAGACUACAGAUGAUAAAUAAUUUCCAAAGGGUUAAAGUAAUUUCACAAGAAGUGUACAAAAGAACAAUGGACUCUUGAAUUUAAGCAAACAAAGGCUUUGUCUGCUGAUACCACUGCUCAAACGUAAUAUGAAACAUGUCCAUGCAUGUUGAAAACACACUGGACUGUAUAAGCAUUUUUCAAAAUGCAAGAGCUUUAUACAAUACUUGGUUGUUUCUGCUUUUGAUUAAAUAUUGUAUUGAUUGUGUGAAAAAUUGCAUUUCCUGAUCAUGUGAAACCUUGUAAGCCAGCAUUAAAAACGUUGAAGAAAUUUUGAUGAAGUAACUAUUUAGAAAAAGUGAAUCUUCCUUCAUGGAGUAUUUAACAAACGCAAUAGGCACAGCUGGUCAUACAGACCAGAAGUUUGCAUGCUCAAGAUUCCAUGGUCUGUGCUGUUAAAUAAUGUCAUCUCAGCCAACUAUAUGGUUUUGUAAUACCUCUUAGAUCCCUUGGAAAGGAAUAGAAAAAUCAGCUUGUGCUAUUAUUUCUACCCAGGAUUUUUGGUGGAAAAAUAUCCACAAAUAAAACAAAAUCAAUCCUUCACAUCCAAAUAAUCUGCCAAAGGCAACUGUUUGGGUUCACUUAUUUAACAAAAUGUCAUUUGGUAAUAUUAAUUUUUUUAUGUGAAUGAUUCCCCCCCCCGCCCAAAAGUAGACAGUAUAAAUUUUACUAAUCUGUCCACCACUGGCUUUGGGGGCCAACAGUAUACAAGAGAGAUUUAGAAAUGAAGGACAGCAUACCAUGUUUUACAAUUAAUUUCUUUUAAAUAUUUUCCACACCUGAAAAACCGAAUCUGACAUCAUCCAAAGGAGACAGAUAUUCCAGAUGUUUGACAUUUCCAUAGUGCAAAAAGAUCGAGAUCAACUGCACACAUUCACAAAAUGCAUUUUUAUAUUUCUACAAAUACAACACCAUCCCUGAAAACUAACAUCAGUUUAUUUUCCAGGUUUAUUUGAAAUAAAACUAGUAAAAUUGAGAAUUUUACAGAUGCUACAAGUACAAUCAGAAAUGCAAUAAGAUUCAAUUAUUUCAAUUCAUAAGCCUGACUCAGCCAUAUACCCACUUAACAUUGAACCCAACAUCACUCAACUCCAGAAGUGUUCUUAUUUAUCUUUUAUUCGGUAACAUAACAGCAGCAUCAUUGUUAUAUCGUGAAACACAUUUUCCCACUUUUGAUUCUUAUCUGCAAUGUAAGUCACUUGAAAAAAGAACAUAUGGCUUGCUUAUGUGAUGCAAAUGUUCUUAUCACAUUUUAGAGUCUUUCUGUAGUAUUGUACUAAUUUCAAUCCAACUGCAGAGGUUGGAUUGUCGAUAUAAUGAUGAUAUAAUGUGUGAUUAUUUUUGUCAGCCAAAGAUUUGACACGGAAUAUUCAGUGUGGGGUGGUGUUACAGUUCACUUGGAUCGAGACUGCUGUGUCAACAUACACUUUUAGUUGUUUUCUCUUACUGCAUAAUAGAUUUCUGUUUUAUUACUUCCAUAUAGCAUAUGCAAGCAUAGAUAUUGAGAAAUGGUGCUGCUUCAUUGGGGCCAUUGUACUAGCAUAACGUGAUAUACACCAGAGGUAGAGAGAAAUUAUGCUUCUUACAGGACUAUCAAUCUUUAGAGUUGGAUGUCACUUGUGCUCAACGGCUGAGCAUCUAUAUUCAAUUCAAGACAGAUGUUGAUAGAUUUUUGGGAAAUUGGAGAAUUUUGAAAUAAUGGAAGAGCAUGGGAAAAUGGAAUUGAGGUAGAAUAUCUGCUAUUAAGUGGCUGAGCGGGUUCAAAAGCUUUAUUUUAAAUGCUCUUAUGUGCUCAUUCACAACCUCUCCUUAUUCUAUUAACAAUCCAAGCUGACUUGUAAAAUACUUAGGAGUGCAGUGGAGCCAUUUUAGAUUUAAAUUUUUAUUGUCACAUGUAGAGAAUUACAGGCUUAGAGUGAAAAGUGUACCAUGUUGCAACACAUGGUACCAUCUUAAGUACAAAGGUACCUAGGUACAAAAAAAAACUUAGGUACAAAGUAGCAAAGGAGACAAAGUUAAAAAAGGUUAAGCAUUAUCUUUAUAUAAUAAGCAGAAAAAUAAAGAAACAAGGUCAUAGUUAACAUUUACCAGAUUAAGGAAUUUAGCAGAAAAGGUAUGUUUAGUGUAGGUGUGGCCCAUACAUGCUUGUACCAAAAUGGUCUGUGUCAGCUCAAAAAAAUUGGCCUACAAGGAUUAUGUAGAAUGAGACAGCCUGUCCCAGCAUUAAAACACUAAAUGGCUGAAAAUAGAUAAACGAGACAAACAGCCUUUUGAUAAGAGCAUGCCUAAAGACAAACAAGUGAUGAAUCGCAGCCACAUUAAUGAAAGUAUAAUUGGCCCAGUAAAAACACUUAAACCUCUAUGUGAGGAUUAAUUAGCUUUAAGAACUGACUUCUCUUAUGCCCUGAACAAAAAAAGACUGUUCACAGCCCACCAAUCACAAAGUGCUACCAACACUAGUUGUGUAAUUUUACACUUUAUAACUAACAUCAUAUCAGAACUCAAGCUGUCCUUAGACAUAAGCCAGCCUGAGACAGAUUUGAAGGAAUAUAGCUUGUAAUUUUGGAAUGUGAAUGAAUAAGAUGCAUAGAAAGAUCCAAGGCCUAGAGAUUAUUGUGUUUGUUAAACACUAUGAGACCAUGGGAAUCUGAGGUUGUCUGCAGGGAUGCCCAACAUUGACUAGGUGUCCAUCAUUGAUUACGUGUCCCUUAGGGUUGGAUAUAUGAAGAAAGAAGGAAGGACAGUUAUUGCUGUAUUUGAUUAUUGUAAAAUGUAUAAGAAUAUUGCUUUUUACUGUAAAGACUGCAUGUCAUUGAUCUCUUCUGAUCUAAGCUAAAGACUAAGUGAAUAAUUAAGUUUGUAUGUCAAGGCUAGAUUUGGGGAAGCUCCUUUGGCCCUCUCCUUGUUUUAAGUGGUUUCUACUUAAAUAAAAAAGUCUUCCAUGUGCCUGAA